CGCCGCUGCUCCCUCCCUCCUCCGAGGUGGCUGCUGGCAGUGAGGCUGCGAGAAAGGGAGCUCGACGGGAGAGGAGAGGACAGCGAGCAGCAUGACGAUGAUUUUGGGCUACUGGGACAUCCGAGGGGUGAGUUCCUUGCGCAGAAAGGGAGGGAGAGCCGAAGAGGCGCCCCGUCCCGUCCGCCUGCUGAGUCGGGUUCCUGCCUCGCUUUGCAGAGCCUUCCGAGGCGCUCGCUGUUCCCACCGGGUGCCCCCUGCGCAAAUCGGCGCCGUCCAGGGGCCGCGGGCCCAGAGCUAGCCGAUGUUUAAGCCCUGGUUGGAGAAACCUGGGCCAUUGUGUGCCCUCGAGGACGAGUGGUUUCUAAGGCGAGGAGGAAGAAGUCCCUCGGGGACCUUUCCUGGAAGGAGCCCGGGUCCCGGCUGGUCGCGCGGAGGAAGCGCGCUGCCGUCGAGGCACUUUGCUGGAGAUCCCCAGCGGAUCCCUCGGGGCAGGGGCUGGGGAAAGGCAGAGGGAGCACGCAGGGAUGCUCCAGGUGUCUGCUUCUAACUACAGUGGUACCUCAGGUUACAUACGCUUCAGGUUACAUACGCUUCAGGUUACACACUCCGCUAACCUAGAAAUAGUGCUUCAGGUUAAGAACUUUGCUUCAGGAUAAGAACAGAAAUUGGGCUCUGGCGGUGUAGCGGCAGCAGGAGGCCACAUUAGCUAAAGUGGUGCUUCAGGUUAAGAACUGUUUCAGGUUAAGAACAGACCUCCGGAAUGAAUCAAGUACUUAACCCGUGGUACCACUGUAUAUGGGAGAUGACGGAGGGGCUCUACCCAUUUGUAGAGCACAGAGCCCCCUUCCUUUGUUCGCCUUACACCUCACUCAGUGCCGGAUUUACAUAUAAGCUAAACAAGCUAUAGCUUAGGACCCCACUCUCUUGCCCCUCCCCCCAAAAAACUGGAUGUCCAUUUCCAAAAUGGGACCCCCCCCCCAAAAUGUAAAGGGGACAAAAUCAGGAUGUACAUUUCCAAAAUAUAAGAUAAAAAACAAAUAAAAUAAAGCCUACAUACAGUAACAGUGUUUUAUGUUGUGUAGGCUCCUGUGAUGUAGGUAAUGGGCUGUGCCUGCUAGCCUGCUCCCUAAAAUGUCACUGGUUUGUUCAUUUCUGUAUAUAGGAUGCCUACAUUCUGCAUGCUACUAACAUGAGUUUGACCAAACUGCGGGAGGCAGUGGAAGACAGGAGUGCCUGGCGUGCUCUGGUCCAUGGAGUCACGAAGAGUCAGACACGACUAAAUGAUUAAACAACAACAACACAUUCUGCAUGGACUGGUUGCAUGGCAACCUGUGCAAAUGACUUUAGAUACCUAUUAGGUCCAUAAAUUACCAAAUUGCAAAUAUUCAACACAAAAAAUAGCGACAAUUUGUUGUUGACAAAGGACAGCUGGACAUAUAAAGGGCCCCAUUACCUUCAGUAGCUAGGGGCUCAUCAAACCUAAAUCCGUCCUGACCUCGCCAGGAGACAAAUAACCGGCACAAGGCCACAGUUUUUAAACCUUGGGUGACAAGCUGCAGUUAAUCAAAACAAGAAAAGAAAGCUUUUGAUCUUGUUCCUAUGCUUGAAAAAGUACACCCAGCCCCCAAACCUUGACAGUAGGCUCAUUUCUGUCACCAAAAACCGUGUUUUCCUGUCAUGUCUGAUCACAGCCACUGACAUGAAACAGGGGGUUCAAUGAUGCCAGGGUGCUAUUGGACAGUAACCUUCAGUUGCAAGCAUCUGCUAUCUUCAUCUGUGAAAUUUCAGAAGGAUGCCAAUAUCCUUUGCCUUGGGCCAUUGCUAGUCUGGAGCAGAUGUAGUUUGCUGGCUUUUCUACCAAUGGUGAUUAUUCUUCCACUAUUCUUCCUGCAGCUCGCUGGUGCGAUCCGACUCCUUCUGGAAUACACAGGGACCCCAUAUGAGGACAAGCAGUAUGCGUUUGGAGAUGGUAAGGAGCUGACUCCAGAGGAGUUUCUAGCUGCAUUAUCAAAGUAGAGGGACAAACAAGCGGGAACCUAUAGCUACCUUCCUCCUGCCCUGCGUGUGACCUUCUCAGAGCCAUUUGGCUGGUCACUGCUGGAAGCAAAAUGGCAUUUGGUUUCCUGUCUUGGUAAGGCAGUUUUGCAGUCCCAUUGAUUAAACAUUAGAUGUGUCUAAGCUUUGUAGCUGUUAAUUGACAUAGAUGUUCACUGUUGCUUCUAAGGUAUAAGUAUUUUAAACAUGGGAAUUGCCUGUCUUAAAGGCAUGGGUGAGUUGUUACUUAAAAUGUUCCUUUUCCCCAUUGAUUGCUUGAUGUUAGAGACAUGGCCGGCAAAGAGGCGGAGGAAGAGGCAGAGGAAAUGAGAAACUUGAUUCUUUCACACAACAAAAGUGAGAUAAGCCUUCUCUGGAAGGCUGCCUGUAAGGUUUCCCAGCAGCACAGAGAUGAGGGAGCAGGACGCAGGUGGUAGGAGGCAAUUAGAUUUAGCUCCAGAGGAGAAUUGGCUGCACCUGAAUUUCCAAGAAGUAGGAAGCGGAGCAAGCGAUUAGAACAAAGCAAGGCCAGCAGGAAGCGGGGGCAGGCCUGGCUUAUAUCUGGCCUUGGGAGGGAUUGCUGGAAGCCUGUUAUUGCUGAAAAACAUCAACUAGUAAAACUGCAAAUGUUUCAUGUCUUUGUGUGAGAGAAGUGCUAACCUGACACUUAAAUACAGUGGACCCUCUGGAUACGAAUUAAAUUUGUUCCUGGGGUCUGUCUGCAACCCCAAAAGUCCAUAGGCAGAGACACCGCUUCUGCGCCUGCAGCGAAACCUGGAAGUAUACACUUCUGGGUUUGCCGCGUUUGUAACCCGAAACUUACGUGCCCAGAGUGGUACUUAACUAGAGGUUCCACUGUAUGUGUUUUAGGGGUGGGGAGCUGAAUCCAGCCUGUGGGUCAGGUUCAGACAUUCUCUCAAAGGCCACUUCCACAAUCAUCUGAUGACCCCAUGCUGGCAGGUGAAGAGUUUUCCUUUGCCCACAUAGGGUAGCCAAUCCCAACACGGCUUGGUGUCAGUACCAAUCAGCUGAUUGGGGCUUACAGAAAGGCUUCCUCGCUAAGGAACCACACUUAGGAGCACACUUCAAAGUCCCAAUUGUUUCUUUACAGCCACAUACGUACCUGCCCAACACCAAGUGUCACAUAGGGCAAGUGUGAUUGGAAGAAAUGGCUUCAUGGGCCAAUUUGGGACCUUUGCUGGGCCUAAUGUGGAUUGUGGGGCAGAUGUUAACCACCACAGAUGUAUGUGGAAGAGCUAUGGUAAUUGGCUUUUUAAAAAGAAGUCACCAAAACAAGUUUUUGUUUUGGCUGAACAUUCUGAUGUGCUUCUUGCGUGAAAUUUGGAGUUCUGAAGCUGGCCUCAUAACUUCUUACAUCAGAUUGCUCAGCUAUGAUGUUUCUUCUAAAACACACUUUCCACCUGAAGCAGUGACAAGAGGGGAAAUAGUUCUUUAAUGCCAUUGUGGCUCCCCCCUCCAAAACAGAGGAUUGUGAGGAAGGGCUGAAAGUGCCCUCAUAUCCUGUUCCACCUCCUGCCGCCUUGAUACAGAGAACCUCUUUGAAACUUUGCUACUUAUCACUGACCUUGCUCAUAGUACAGAAACCAUGUGCUUAUCUCUUGACCAACAAUGAAUCCCUUCAGCAGUUAGGAUUAUUGUCAGUUGCUUUGGUUUUUUGCUUAGUGUCUUUGAAUUAUCUAGCUGUGGGAAUUGUGGAAAGCAGAGAAAAAAUAUAUCUAAGAACAUUUGGAAAUAGAUGGAGCUUUUUUAAAGAAGUACGGUAACUUGUGCUUUUUAUGUGCCUUUCAAGAAAGACUAGGAUUAAAUCCCAGCACAGCUGCUGCCUCUGAUCCUCAGUGGUGGACCAAGGUUAGACAGCAGCCUGCAAGUUCUGGUGGCCACUAAGUGUAAGCUUCCUGCUCAAUCUGGUCAGACCGUCAUCUGGCCAAAAAGGUGGUUACGUUCUCAUGUAACAAUGCACACUGAAGAUCACUUAACAGUGGCUUAGUGUUUCUGAGUAUGCCUUCUGGCUUUCAUACAUGCCAAAUGUCUUGGUGGACCUCAAUGAUUUUAGGGUUUGUGUGAGUGUUUUAUGUAGGCCAUGUAAAGUGUUUAGUGAUGGGAGUUGAAAUGGAACAGACAAUCUCUUGUUGUGUCUACUUCUAGAUGCAAUUGCCUCUUUAAAAGUAUGGGUUGUACUUUGGACAGUGGCCAAUAUGUUUCUACAGCUAGAAUGACCUUCCCCAGUCUGGCACUCUGGUUGUGUUGGACUAUGGCUCCCAGUAUGAGAUUGCUAGGAUUCAUGCCUGAUAACCCCCUUAGGAAUGGAGCCAAAAACACAAGAGAAGCUGGAAACGAAGGGGAAAAUAAGCCUGACUGGUAUAGAAGUGAGAGCAGACUUACCAUGGACUUACUUUUCAUACCUGUAUUUACAGCUCCUGAUUUUGACAGAAGUCAGUGGACUAAUGUGAAGGAGACGCUGGGCUUGGACUUCCCAAAUGUAUGUAGCAAAUGUGGAAAAAACCAGCAACAUGUCGUUGUGCAUUGAUGGGGAUGGUGGGGUCAUUCUGCUGCUGCUCCCUCUUUGAGAUGAGUGAGAGCAAUCAGGCCAGAGUCCUGGGCUCUUUCUCAUCCGGCUCUGCUGCACUGCUGCUUCAAGUACAGGUCGCAGCUCAGUGGAAAAUGAUGACGGUGUGUGAGCAGAAUCUAAAGCAGUGGAUUGGCUGGAGGUUGAGAUCUUCAGUGCAUUCCUGGCUUCUUGCUGGAGCAAAGGCUGCCAGGAAGCCAGAGGCCAGAGGGCCUUUCAAGUGUGCCUGGGGGGAGAAGCCAGGCCCUGUAACUUCGGCAACUAAACUCUCACACACAACUCUCAAGUGCAGUGUUUCCCAAUUGGUGGUGGCAAAUUCUGUGCAAAAUUGUUACGUCAAUCCUUGAGUAGCCCUAAAUAAUUAUACUAGAGCUGUGAUGCAAAAACUAACACCCAACAGUGUGUUUUCUCCUGAAGCCAUUUCAGUUUAGACAUCCUUUCUGCUGGCAUUGUUCAUCCUAUGUAAAUGGGAAGUUGUCCAGCAAGGAUGAUGGGGCGAUGAAAUAUUCUGGGUCUUCUGCACUGGCACCAUUAACUUUUUCUAUCCUUUCCUUAGCUCCCUUAUCUAAUCGAUGGUGAGAUGAAGAUCACACAAAGCAACGCCAUCAUAAGAUACAUUGCACGCAAGCACAAGAUAUGUGAGUCUUUUUUUUUUUUUAAUAAUGAUAUUUAUUAAAGUUUCACAAAAAUACACAAAACAAAGAAAAAAGUAUAAAGUACAGCAAAAAAAGUAGAAAAUAAGAAAAAACAUACAAAAUAAAACAGUUAAAAACACAAUAAUGUUCCAUAACCUAUCUUCCUUACUCUUAUUUCCCCGGACCUCCUCAUACCUCCCUUCUUUGUAUUCCAGUUCCAUUUGUUGGUUCAGCAAAUCCUUACCAUUAAUCUUUUACCCAAUUGUUAACCUUUUUUCCCCAUAUCUCUUAAAGCAUUACAGCUAAAAACCUCUUAGUUUCUAUCCAACAUCCUUCUAAAGUUCCUUAAUUUUGCAAUAUUUCUGUAAAUAGUCCUUAAAUUUUUCCAGUCUUCUUUCACCGACUCUUCUCCCUGGUCUCGGAUUCUGCCGGUCAUUUCCGCCAAUUCCAUGUAGUCAAUCACCUUCAUCUGCCAUUCUUCCAAAGUGGGUAGAUCUUGUGUCUUCCAAUACUUUGCAAUAAGUAUUCUUGCUGCUGUUGUAGCAUACAUGAAAAAGUUCUGUCCUUCUUGAGCACCAGUUGGCCGACAAUGCCCAAGAGAAAGGCCUCUGGUUUCUUCAGAAAGGUAUAUUUAAAUACCUUUUUCAGUUCAUUAUAUAUCAUUUCCCAGAAAGCCUUAAUCUUUGGGCACGUCCACCAAAGGUGAAAGAAUGUACCUUCAGUUUCUUUACAUUUCCAACAUUUAUUAUCGGGCAAAUGAUAAAUUUUUGCAAGCUUGACUGGGGUCAUGUACCACCUGUAUAUCAUUUUCAUAAUAUUCUCUCUUAAGGCAUUACAUGCCGUAAACUUCAUACCUGUGGUCCAUAACUGUUCCCAGUCAGCGAACAUAAUAUUAUGUCCAACAUCUUGUGCCCAUUUAAUCAUAGCAGAUUUCACCGUUUCAUCCUGAGUAUUCCAUUUCAACAGCAAGUUAUACAUUCUUGACAAAUUUUUAGUUUUGGGUUCUAACAAUUCUGUUUCUAAUUUUGACUUUUCCACUUGGAAGCCUAUUUUCUUAUCCAAAUUAUAUGCCUCCAUUAUCUGAUAGUAGUGGAGCCAAUCUCUCACUUUAUUUUUUAAUUUUUCAAAACUCUGCAAUCUCAAUUUAUCUCCUUCUUGCUCCAAAAUUUCUCAAUAUGUCGGCCAUUUGGCCUCCAUAUUGAGCCUUUUCAGAGCUUUUGCUUCCAUUGGUGAUAGCCACCUUGGGGUUUUAUUUUCCAAUAAGUCUUUGUAUCUUAUCCAAACAUUAAACAAUGCUUUCCUAACAAUAUGGUUUUUGAAUGCUUUGUGUGCUUUGACCUUAUCAUACCAUAAAUAUGCAUGCCAUCCAAAUACAUUGUUAAAACCUUCUAGAUCCAAAAUGUCUGUGUUUUCAAGAAGUAGCCAUUCUUUCAGCCAGCAAAAAGCUGCUGAUUCAUAAUAAAGUUUAAAGUCUGGCAGGGCAAAUCCACCUCUUUCCUUGGCAUCAGUUAAUAUCUUGAAUUUUAUUCUGGGCUUCUUGCCCUGCCAGACAAAUCUAGAAAUAUCUCUCUGCCACUUCUUGAAACAGUCCAUCUUAUCUACAAUUUGUAAUGUCUGAAACAAAAACAACAUUCUAGGCAAUACAUUCAUCUUUAUCACAGCAAUACGGCCCAGCAACGAGAGUUUCAAAUUUGACCAAAUUUCUAAAUCUUUUUUCACUUCCGUCCAACAUUUUUCGUAAUUAUCUUUAAAUAAGUUCCCGUUUUUGGCUGUCAUAUUAAUCCCCAAGUAUUUCACUUUCUUUACCACAUUCAAUCCUGUCUCAUUCUGAAACCUCUCUCUUUCAAUCGGUGUUAAGUUUUCUCUAAAACCUUAGUUUUUAACUUGUUCAAUUUAAAACCUGCCACCUGACCAAAUUCCUGAAUUAAUUCUAAAACUCUUUUAGUACUAGAUUCUGGCUCCUGUAACGUCAAUACUAGGUCAUCUGCAAAUGCUCUCAGUUUGUACUGUUUAGCUCCGACCUGUAUGCCCUUAACCAACCGGUCCUUUCUAAUCAUAUUUAGCAAAACCUCCAGGACCGAUAUAAAAAGCAGUGGGGAAAUUGGGCACCCCUGUCGUGUCCCUUUUUCUAUCUUAAAUUCUUCCGUAACCACAUUAUUUACAAUUAAUUUAGCCUUUUGUUCAGAGUAUAUUGCACCUAUACCAUUUUCAAAACCUUGGCCUACCCCCAUCCCAUGCAGAUUCUUCUUCAUAAAACUCCAAGAGAUAUUAUCAAAAGCUUUCUCCGCAUCAACAAAUAUCAAUACUGCUUUGGUGUUUAUAUUCACUUCUAAUUUUUCCAAAAUAUCAAUUAUAUUCCUCAAAUUAUCAGACAGGUGUCUUCCCGGGAGAAAGCCCGCUUGGUCUUUAUGAAUCUCUUUCAUCAAUACUUUUUCAAUCUCUUGGCCAAAAUGUCUGCAAAAAUUUUGUAAUCCACAUUAAGUAACGAUAUAGGGCGAUAGUUCUUAAGCUGAGUCUUUUCAGUCUCUGUUUUCGGUAUAAGUGUGAUAUACGCCUCUUUCCACGAUUCUGGUGCCCUUUUCCCUCACAAUAUUUCAUUGCAGACUUCCUUCAAAGGUUGCAAUAACCACUCUUUCAAAGAUCUAUAGUAUCUGGAAGUCAGCCCAUCCGGUCCUGGAGAUUUGCCCAAUUGCAUAUUUUGUAUGGCACCUUCUACUUCCUGUUCAGAUAUUUUAUAGUUCAGCAUUAAUUUACUUUCUUGAGAGAUUUUUUGUAGGCCAUUUGUCUUCAAAAAUUGGUCUAUGUCCAUUUCCUUCUGUGGCCCUUGUGUGUAUAAUUGUUUAAAGUACCUCUGGAAGCAAUUUCUGAUCUCAUUUGGAUUAUGUAUACUCUUUCCUUCCACUUCUAAAUUUAUAAUAGUAUUUAAUUUUUGUCUUUUUUCAUUUGCCAGGCCAACAGUUUUCCACAUUUAUUAGCUGAUUCAAAUGUUUUUUGUCUCAUUUGUUUGAUUUUCCAUUCUAUUUCCUGAUUCAUCAUUUCCAUAUAUUGUACUUGAUAUAAUUUUAUUUCUCUCAAAAUCUCCUGGGACUUUGGUUUUGCUCUCAAUUUCUUCUCACCUUCUUUUAUUUUUUCCAAGAUUUUAUCUUUCUUUUCAUUUUGACUUCUCUUCUUUAUUGCAUUCUGUUGUAUCAAAAACCCUCUCAUCACAGCUUUGCUUGCGUCCCAGAUUACUCUUUUUUCUACAUUGGUAUUCAUAUUUAUUUCAAAAUAAUCUCUCAAAGUCUUUUGGGCCUUUUUGUAAACUUCUUCAUCUCUAAAUAAGGUGUCAUUCAUCCUCCAUCUAAAGGAUCCGGUUGUUGUUUGUUUCAUCUCCAUCCUUACAGCAUUGUGGUCGGAACAAGUUUUUGGGCAGAUUUCUACCUUCUUUAUCUUUGGUGCCAUUCCUCUAGUUAUCCAUAUUUGGUCAAUUCUAGUCCAUGUCAUCUUGGCUUCAGAAAAAAAGGUUCCUUCUCUUCCCAGGGGGUUCUUUACCCUCCAGAUGUCCACUAAGUCCAUAUUGUCUGUCAUCUCAAAAAAUGUUUUCGGUAGUCUACCAUCCUUGGUGACUACCUGUCUUUGUGCCUUGUCCAUAUUUGUAGAUACUACUCCAUUCAUGUCCCCCAUCAAAAUCAAAUUGUAGUCCAAAUGAUCCAGUAGAGUCUCAUGCAACUUUUUAUAAAAUUCAGAUUUCCCCUCGUUCGGUGCAUAAAUUCCCACAAUUAAGAAUUUCUCUCCUUGUAGUUGAAUUUCAAUUGCCAAAAAUCUUCCUUGGUCAUCUUUGAAAAUAAGUUUCGGUAAGAGUCUCUCCUUUGCAUAAAUCACAACUCCUCUUUUUUUGACUUUGUCAGAUGAAACAAACUCCUGUCCUAAUCUUUUAUUAAUCAAUAACUUCCUAUGUGCCCUUGUUAUAUGUGUCUCUUGUAGACAAAUCAAGUCCAAUUGUUCUUUUUUUAAUAAAUGAAACACACUUUUUCUUUUUCGAGGAGAAUUCAAACCAUUACAAUUCCAGCUUAGUAGUUGCAGAGCCAUGGUGGGGGCUACUUCACUUUACCUCCAACUGCCCCAAGUGCCCCUUCUUGUUCUGUGGGUAGUAUCACUUUUUCUGGACCGUGCAGUCCAAAAGAUAGAUUUGAUAUGUCUAGUAUGCCUUUUGGUUCUUCUUCAGAUUCCCCUUCUUUCAGUAGAUCUUCCUCGUGAUCUUUCAAGAAUCUGUCUUUUUCCUCCGUUGAUUUUAUUUUUAUCUUUCUCCCUUUAUAUUUGAAGGACAGGCCUUGCGGAAAUUCCCACCUGAAAAGAAUUCUGUUUCUUUUCAAUAAGGUCACUAGGUCUCCGUAAUUGGACCUUAAGUCCAGCAAAUGCUUUGGGAUGUCCUUAAAAAUCACUAAUCUUGAGUCAUCAAUUUCCAAAGUUUUUGAUAGUGCAAAUUCAGAAUUUUAUCUCUCUCUUCUUUUGUUCGAAAGGUAAUCAAACAGUCUCUCACCUUGCCCUUGCCUUGUCUUCUUCCGAGCCUAAAUGCAUUCACUAUCUUAAAUUCUUCCUUCCCCGGGUCCAAUUGCCAAAAAUCUGUAAAUUCCUGUGUAAGAAAGUCAGCCAAAUUAUCUUUCUCCCGCUCUGGAACAGCCCUAAUUCUCAGAUUUCUCUGUCUAUCUUUUAAUUCGAUCAUAGAAAAUGUCACAUCAUGGUCCUCCGACUUCUUACCAUCUGCCAUAACAGUCUCAUAAACAUUCAAGGUCACUCCCACAGUCAGCCAAUUGUUUUGACAUAGAGUGGAAUUUUCCUCUUUGUAACUGUUGUUGUAACAAUGUCCAACCUCCUCUAGGGGGACACAGUAACAGCCAGAACUUGUAACUUUUAGAAACAAAAAUAGUCUUUAUAAAUCCCCAAUUUACUUUCAAAGUCCACAGUCUCAAUACACUUAAACAGUUACUUUCAAGCCAAAAGAGGUUCAGAAACACUGUAUCACUUUUGCAGAGUUGGCUGUCAGAAAUAAGCUUUCACUAUGGACCUCUAUCUUAAGGCAGUCCGUUCCGAAUCUUAAAUUGUAAAUUCUUCCUUCCUCUCCCCUUCUUUACUGCAGGGAAAUUCAGCUCAGUCUUUUUCCCCCUCCUCUCCUGCAAUCCGGAGGGGGAACCACUUUCAAGAUGUUGGAAUUUAGCACAUUUAAGUGACUCUUUUUGGCACUAGUGUUUCUUUGGAUGUCAGCUUAAAAUUAACCAGUUAACUGAUUGAUAAUAUUCUUGUCAAAUAGUUGGUUAGAGGUGCGCUCUUACCUUCUGUGUAUGUUGUGUUUCUACAGGGGGUGAGAGUGAAGAAGAAAUCAUCAGGAUGGAUAUGCUUGAAAACCAGCUCAUGGAUGUCAGAAUGACCUUUGCAAGACUUUGCUACAGUCCAGAUUUUGUGAGUCUGGUGGUUUGAAUCCUCCUUCCAAGUUGGCAAUCCAGCCAAUGAUGAGAAUGAUUUGGGGAUCCAUAUGGAGUGAGUGGGUCGAAAAAAAGCUCUUAUGUAAGUCUUAACAAAUACUUUCUUUCUGCUCUUCGAGGGCGAGCAGAGGAAGAAAAGAUCUUUAGAGUUAGAGAGAGAAAGAGAGUCCUAUAACUGGGGAGUCAGUAGUUCAAGGUUUCACAAGAGUUGAACUGGAAAUGAAUCUGUGUAUGUAAUAAUUCAAGAACUUCUGGUUGCAGGAAAAAGUGAAGCCUGAGUACGUGGAGCAGUUAUCCGGGGAACUGAAGCUGCUCUCCCAGUUUUUGGGGGACAGGAAGUGGUUUACAGGAAAGAAGGUACAAGGGCUAUGCCUAAUUCCAUAGAAACAAAGAUGUCUCUCUAGUUUUAUGGAUCCAUUUAAAAUGUCUUCCUCUUUUGAUUUCCUAGAUCACCUAUGUAGAUUUCCUUGCAUAUGAUGUAUUGGAACGGCUCUGGAUGUUUGAGCCAAAGUACUUUGAUGAGUUUCCAAAUCUGAAAAAUUUCCUUGACCACUUUGAGGUGAGAUUUACUGUGUUGUAUGCAUGGAUCUCCAGUAGGAAUUGUUCUUUUAUCCAUAGCAGAAGAAAUGUGAUCCACCAACCAACUGAAUACUGGCAGUUUCCCUUAAUGUCACUUUCUUUAUACAUCCUUAUUCACAACCAGUCCACAGGGUUGCACUGAAUGUCAGCCUCCUCUUCCUCCUCAGACCACACUCACUCUAUGUGUUUAAAGUGCUAUGAUAGCACUUUAAAGAGUCAUGGCUUCUUCCAAAGAAUCUUGGGAGCUGUUUUUUUGUUUGUUAAGGGUGCUUCCUGCAAGUUACUGUCUGGCUCUAAGAGCAACUGUCCACAUUGGUUUAGCAAUCAAUUCCCCUUCCCAGAUAACUCUGGGAUUUCUGAACCGUAUCUCUGUGAGCAGAAACUCUCAGCGCACUUAAUGGACUACCGCUCCCAGAAUUCUUUGGGGGAUGCCAUGGCUCUUUAAAGGGGCAUCAUAGCACUUUGGAUGCACAGUGUGAAUGUGGCCUUAGUCUCAGUGCUGCCUUUGUGGAAUUCAACAGAGAGAAUAAUGGUUACAAAACCAAAAUCUGUUGACCGGGAUCCCUCAGGAUCCAUUCCAAGUUUAUGAUUCUAUGACUUCUAUGGCUCUGCUUGCCAUUGGCUCUGGCUCUACCUAAUAUUGGUCUCCUUUCAUCCUUUCUGAGCAGUUCCACUUGGUGCCAGCCUCCACAGAUUUACACAUGUGCACCCCCUCACUUAUAGAUAUUAAAUACUCUUGUUAAGGGGGGGUAGAGACACUGUGUAUAUGCCAUCACAUAGGAGUUGUGCAUUCUAUCACUAGGGGUGUGCGUGUUUCUGCAGGGUUUUCCUGCAGAAAGGUGCUUCCCCUGCCUCACUCCCUUCACACAUCCACACACACACACGCUGUGUAGAUGAUAUACAUGCUAUGAGAGACUGGCAAAAUUGCACAACAACAAAAAUCUGCUUCUCCAGAUAAUGAGAAAGUAUUUGCUGGGCUGUGUGUGUGGCAGAAUCCACAGAGAAACUCUGUCAUGUUUUUCAAGCUAUCUGUUGUUGCUGUAUACCAGGCGUAGGGAACCUUUUUCAGCCAAGGCCAUUCUGUUCUGAGGAAACUUCUGGACGCCACUGUCAAUGGUGGGCAGGGCCAGAGGCAAAAGCAGCUGAGCAAUUGCUGUAAAUUUUAUUUUUUUACCAUAGGCUCAUUUCUACAUGUGCUCUGACACUCAACUCUAUCCUCCAUCUAAGGAAAUGAGAGGCAUUCUCAGAGUUCAGGGACACAUUAUAGCCAGGCAGAAACACAUAAGAAGAGUGCAAGCAUGUCCUAAGUGCAAAGCAUUUUGGGUCCUAGACAACUGUUUCCAGGUUUCCUCCAGAGUUGGAUUUAGACUCUUGCUAUGUGUGAUGCUGUUGCUGUUUAAUGACUCUCUCUUGCAGGCUUUGGAGAAGAUUUCUGCCUACAUGAAAUCUAGCCGUUACCUGAAGACUCCCAUCUUCUUGAGAAAUGCCCAGUGGGGCAAUAAAAAAUAAAAGAGGAGAAUGUGGACCUUAAAGCUUCUGUAGAGGAGUGUUGGCAUCAGGGAUGGCCUCUGAAUGAUUCAGUAUCCCUUCGUGCCUUUAAACAUGUAUGUUAUGUUGUGACUCUUAAUUAAUGUUGUCAUUGUGACUCUUAAUUAAUGUUGUUGUUGUGAUAAAAAAAAAAGGAUACUGAAACAAGUGUCCUGGCUUCUUAUUCCAAGAGCUCACAGGGCACAAAACAACCUGACUGUGGGAGAGGGGGGAGGAGGAGGAGGAAUUGUCGUCCCUUGCAACAUUGCCCAGUGCAACUGAUGCCCUUGUGCCAAUGCUUGUCAGCCAGAUACACUGGCAGGACACAUGGUGGUAUAAAGCCACAGGUUUCGUUUGUAUGAUUGGGAAGUGCUAGCCUGCCUUUCCUCCCAAUUAAGGCCUUUCUACAUGAUCCAUAAAAGCAUGCCUAAGUAUCUCAGAAUGCUUAGAAUUAGCCAAAUUGACAGACAUAAGACAAAAACCAAAAAGUGAAGUAAAAAAAUGAAUGGGAGUGCCUAAAUGAAUACCUCAAAAGUCAAGGUUCGAGGGCAGAAAUCUGGCUGAGUCUGGAAUAACCUUGUGAAGUGAAAGGAUAUGAAAGAAGGAUUUAUAUCUAGAUGUUAGGAUAGAGAUGAGAAAGAAAACAGGAAAACAGGAAGACAAAAUGAGAGAUAAAGGAGGUGCUGUGGGAUUGGUGGAAGUCAAUGUCUUGAUGUUGUUGUUUUAGUGUUUAUAACAUUAACUUGUAAGAUAUGGAUUUGGUUUUUUUGCUUUGUUGUUGCUUUUUAGUUUUCGAAUGUUGAUUUUUGUGUGUUGUGUAUUGUUAUUUUUUGAUAUCUUUCGUGCUGUUGUUGUUGUGUGGAAAAUACUAAUAAAAUUUAUUUUAAAAAUAAUAAUAAUAAAAAAGCCUGCCUAAGU